GAGGCCCGGUGGAAUACUCAGACAUAUAGGUGCCCUUUCUUUUCGUGAGUGUGUGUUUUUGUAAUGCGUGUUCCAUCGGCUGCUCCGGGUUUGUUCUGUAGCCAUGGGAGAGACGGGUUAUAACUGCCAAGUCAAGCAGGGGCGCCAGCGGGAUAUUUUGGCUGCCUUUUAAACCGGGUCUCGGAGUGUGAAGAACUACUAGCGUCAGCGCGGGCGAAGGAGCAUCACGCCGUAAUUGGAUUUUUAAAAAUUAUUUAAAGCCCCUCGAGUAAAAUACAAGGAUCAAGCGGGAGAAGUAAUAAUAAUCCGUUUAACUCUAACCUAAAUCCCAGGUUUUAAGGGGCUGAGCAGCCAGGCGGGAAUCUGAGCCAGUUAAGUUGCCACGGAGGGACUUUGUACACGACUUCGCUGGAUUUCUGAUUCUCCGGCCCCCACCAAGGAAACUUUGAAUGAAGAUAUCUAUAGAAACAUGCCUCUCUGUUUCCCCUCUCCGGACUGAUUUCGCGGCGGAAAGAAAAGAGAGACUCCCCGCGCGAUUUUCCAGCAGGUACUCUUGGGACAGAGCGCUGUAAGUGUGCGCGAGGUGAAGAGGCUUGUUCUGGGAAGGAGUGGGGCUGAUUUGGGGCUUGCCGCUCUGGAGAAGGAUUAUUAUCCAGCCCUUGGCCAGCGAUCAACGAGAGAGCCGGUUUAGCAAGCGAUCCGCCCCCUUUCACCUCCCCCACCCAAGAGCAGGCGGCUGGGAGAGCAGAGCCAGCGCCGCCGCCGCUGCCGUGUGACCCCUUUCCCUGCUCGCCCUUGGGGGCCCGAUGCCUUUGGAGCAAAGCGCCUCUCGGCUGUGAAGACCUCCCUCCGUCCCGCCCGCCCGCCCGCCUUCCCUUCCUUGCUGUCGCCCGUCGUGUGUGACUGUUUUGUUUUUCUGGCUGCCUGCUGUGUCGGAUCAUGGGUCGGGGAGCGGCGGCGGCAGCAGCAGCAGCGACGAAAUCCACCGCUUCUUGGGGCCUGGUGGUCUUCCUGAGCACCCUUUGGGGGACCCCCUUGGGCUCCGGGGCGCAGCCCUACCACGGCGAGAAAGGGAUCUCGGUGCCGGACCACGGCUUCUGUCAGCCCAUUUCCAUCCCGCUCUGCACGGACAUCGCCUACAACCAGACCAUCCUGCCCAACCUGCUGGGGCACACCAACCAGGAGGAUGCCGGGCUGGAGGUCCACCAGUUCUACCCGCUGGUGAAAGUGCAGUGCUCGCCGGAGCUGCGCUUCUUCCUGUGCUCCAUGUACGCGCCCGUCUGCACCGUCCUGGAGCAGGCUAUCCCGCCCUGCCGGUCCCUCUGCGAGCGGGCGCGCCAAGGCUGCGAGGCCCUCAUGAACAAGUUUGGCUUCCAGUGGCCCGAGCGCCUCCGCUGCGAGAACUUCCCCGUGCACGGCGCAGGCGAGAUCUGCGUGGGCCAGAACACCUCGGACACCUCCGGCGGGGGUGGAGGAGGUGGCGGCACAGGGGGCCCCGGGGGAGCGACCGCCUACCCCACCCCUUACCUGCCUGAUCCCCCCUCCCACCCUCUGCCUCCCACCAGCUACGCUUUCUCCUGCCCCCGCCAGCUCAAAGUGCCCCCUUACCUGGGCUACCGCUUUCUGGGCGAGCGGGACUGUGGUGCCCCCUGCGAGCCAGGCCUUCCCAACGGGCUGAUGUACUUCAAGGAGACGGAGGUCCGCUUUGCCCGACUCUUGGUGGGCAUCUGGUCGGUGCUUUGCUGUGCCUCCACCCUCUUCACGGUGCUGACCUACCUGGUGGACAUGAGGCGCUUCAGCUACCCGGAGAGGCCCAUCAUCUUCCUCUCGGGCUGCUACUUCAUGGUGGCGGUCGCCUACGUGGCGGGCUUCUUGCUGGAGGACAAGGUGGUGUGCGUGGAGCGUUUUUCCGAGGAUGGCUACCGCACCGUGGUGCAGGGGACCAAGAAGGAAGGCUGCACCAUCCUCUUCAUGAUCCUCUACUUCUUUGGCAUGGCCAGCUCCAUUUGGUGGGUCAUCCUCUCCCUCACCUGGUUCCUGGCGGCCGGCAUGAAGUGGGGCCACGAGGCCAUUGAGGCCAACUCUCAGUAUUUCCACCUGGCCGCCUGGGCAGUGCCUGCCGUCAAGACCAUCACCAUCCUAGCGAUGGGGCAGGUGGAUGGGGACGUGCUCAGCGGCGUCUGCUACGUGGGCAUCUACAGUGUGGACGCCCUGCGCGGCUUCGUGCUGGCCCCGCUCUUCGUCUACCUCUUCAUCGGCACCUCCUUCCUGCUGGCCGGCUUUGUCUCCCUCUUCCGCAUCCGGACCAUCAUGAAGCACGAUGGCACCAAGACGGAGAAGCUGGAGAAGCUCAUGGUGAGGAUCGGGAUCUUUAGCGUCCUGUACACUGUGCCGGCCACCAUCGUGCUAGCCUGCUAUUUCUACGAGCAGGCCUUCCGGGACUCUUGGGAGAAAACCUGGCUGUUGCAGACCUGCAAGAGCUAUGCCAUCACUUGCCCCACCAACUUUGCCCCCAUGAGCCCUGACUUCACUGUCUUUGUCAUCAAGUACCUCAUGACCAUGAUUGUGGGCAUCACCACGGGCUUCUGGAUUUGGACGGGCAAAACCCUCCAGUCCUGGCGGCGCUUUUACCAUAGGCUCAGCACAGGGAGCAAAGGGGAGACCGCUGUAUGAGGGUUUCCCAAGGCUGCCCUUGCUUCUGGUAGAGAAGACAUUAUUAGAAGGAAGUGGAGUGAGGCGGGGGGGGGUUCCUCCAAACUCUGCCUUUUUCUUUCUACCAACAGGUACAGUUGACAUGCAAAGAACAUUCUGACUUGGCUUUCCCGACUGCCAAGUUGAAGAGCCCAAAACAAGUGUCCUUCUUAAGACUGCUCUUGGGGACAGUACAUUUCUUGCUCUUGAAUGGAGAUCAAAUGGUGGGGGGAGACUCUUC